AUGUCUGGCUACCAGCCGACCUACGUGCCCGGCGACAGAUCGCCCUCCGGAGGCCAGAACCCUAAUUCACCAUGGUCAACGGCGCAGACUAUCGACCUGAAGACUAAUGUCAACCGCCAGAAGACGAAACGGUGGGUGAACGCGAAGACGUACUCCUACGCCGGCGACGACUGGGGUGACAGCGAGGACGACGAAGAGGAAGAGGACGCCCGCGGUGGGCACUCAAACAAUCCCAGUACGGCAGCGGACUCGAAGGCAGCAUUGCCCGCGGAGGAUGCUAAAACGGCCGCGGGAGCUGUCAGCCAACCUGCCAUCAUCAGACCUGCAGAUAUCUACAAACGACUGGCCGAGGAAAAGGAGAGUGAGCCGUCGGGUUCGGGUACGGCUUCCAAGGAGACUGCUCAAGAAACCCUCCCCAAGGCCUCGGAAACGGAACCUUCACCGGCUGACCGUGAGAGCAAAGGCAGCCCUACACAGCUGCCUGAGUUGCGGCGGCUCUCUGGAUUUGAAGGGUUCCUAGGCAGCAACGACCAAUAUGAAACCGCCACUACCGAGUCACGGCCUCGGGAACCAACCACGGAGCAGAUUCCUACAAUCAAGGAGGAAUAUGUAGGAGAUGACGCUAAUACUGGCAUAUCACGGAAAUCCACGUCUACUCAUAACGAUACCCCUGCAUUAGCCUCCGUCGAGCACCCUGCAACGUCAGAAACGGCAGAUCACACUGCAGGUUUAUACACUGAGGGAAGUCAGCGAGACAACGCUCUCACAGAUUACAAUAAAUCGACGGCAUUCGACAGCUCCCAUAUUACAGGCGCAGAUUACGAUGACUCCAAGCCUCGUCAACCAUCACUCCGAGAGCCCAGCACCGUCUCAGAAGAAAAUUCAGAAUUAAACGUCGCGGCGCUAGACGUCUCGCCGCUUAGCAUGAGCAAACGUAGUUCGAUAGACCCGAGCACAGUCCCGAGCACUACCGGCGAGACCAUGGAGCAACCCCAGUCUCAGGGCGAGAGUCUGCAAGAAUAUGGAUCCCAGGCACACCAUCAAGCUGCCAACCUUCCUGGAGAGUACGAUACCCCCCACGGUGAUAGAGUGGACGAUACUGCAAGGCAAUUUCCAUAUGGCCAGGCACAAGGCUUCCCGUCUCCCUAUGGCCUCAAUUCUCCCUCUGAUGUCAACCCCAGUCCUCAUACUACGGUAACUAUCCCCAACUACAACUCGCAGCCUGGUGCCUACCGGCCGCCUCAACAGCAAUUGAAAAAGAAAUUCUCCUGGGAAGUAGACUCGGAGGAAAGCGAUCGAGAGCUAGACACCUCCCCGCUGUCACCAGUUUCAGCGACCCUUGCACCUGGGGCAUUGGUCAUUAACAAACAGCCCACGGGCACCGAGAAUGAGGCUUCCGGCCUCGCCACACAAUCCUCUCAACCUCCUACUUUAGAGAGCGCGCAAAAUAUCACUGGAGGCGAAACACAGAGAGAAAUGGGGCUGGCAAACAGCCCUCCAUCUGGCGCAUUCCAGACCCUGCCACACUCUCCAAUACCUAACACCGAAAAGAAUGACUCGGCUGCGCCUGUAGACGCGUUGCAUCAAAAGGCCCCCGAUUUCCGUGAGAUAACAAGUAUCCCCCAGCCUACCCAAAGGAUAGCUGCCUUUAACAAUGCCAGAGGAGUCUAUGCAAACACGGACACCGGUCUCGAUGGAUGGAUCAAAAACGUAGCCGACACCGGCCACCCUGAAAAUUCGGAGACGAUUCAGCGAAAUGGUGCACCGCCUGCAGACUCUAAUACUCCGCAUAGACCUGUUCCAUCUCAAGCAAAAUUCCCUAAACUACCGUCACUCGGUAACAUAUCACUACCAACCAGACAUCACGACGGCUCCGGCCCCGCUCAUGGCCACGCACGCCAGAAUUCGGGCGCCGCACUGGGCGGAAUGAUGAAUACUCAGCACGUUCAGGCAAAGGGGAAAGACCUUCUUCACUCCGCCGGUCUUUUGGGCGGUAAGGCUGGUGAUGCAGCUAAAGGCCUGUUCGCGAAAGGCAGGAGUAGAUUUCGAAAUAGCGGAAGCGCUGACAAGGUAGAUACUUAG